AUGCUCUCGUACUGGCGCCGCCGAUCGUCGAAUGCCUCGCCUGUUCCUCCCACCUCACAGCCCACCCCGAAAGCACCCCCCCUGCUACCGCUGAUUCCUGAUUCGACUUCUUUGACUGCGACUUUUGACGAGAAGUUCACCGCAGAAGGAGCACCAAACGAAUACCUUUCGAAAUCUGAUGGAGGAACUUCAACGGUCCCUGGUCCCACUGUCGAUGCCCCGGCGCCUUCAACCUCAAGUGGCACGCUUGCAGUUGCGCCAUCUUUCUCAGACAACCAUACACGACCGCGAUCGAGCCCGGAAGAGCGCAAUACAGAGCCAUUUCUGACUGCUCAGACUAAUCAUUCACAACCAUCGCUACACCCUGCAACAUCAGACCGGACCCACGAGAACGAAUCUAAGCCUAGUUCACCCUUACCGGCCUCUGAAAAAGCUCGUUUGACUCCCACGGCCGUAGACGGCCAGUCGAAGCGGUCAAGUUCGACCUCGCCCGCCAUGGCACCAACCGGUCAUCGCCGCUUUCGAACUUCCCCGGACGUGUCCCCAGGAGAUAAGCACUCGGCAUCGCAGAAAGAAUAUCGGUUUGAGGGGCCUACUAGUCGCCGGCAAAAUGAUCGGGAUGCGCAGCCAGUGGAACCUGUUCCGCAGAAAGGGUCAGGUAAAACUAUGCUUCAACUACUGAAUCCGCUGUCACUUUUGGCCAAACGACGCUCGCACCAGGUCGUGGGAUUGCGUGCAGACGAGGUGAAUAGAGGCUCCAGAACCAUCAUUCCAAUUCCAGAUGAUUAUGACCCGCGCAUACGAGGGAAAAUCGUCCAUGACUUUAGUGCGCCGCGCCCUCGACGACAAUUAUCUGCUGCUCCUGGCCAUCGACCAGAACAAGCUGGUCAACCGGGUGCAUCUCCCCCGGCUCAGCCUGAACAUACUGCUGACGAGAGGAGCCCCUAUUCACCUCUACCGGAGCAGUUGAAGAGGCACAGUGAUCAUUCACCAGUAUUCAGAGAGCACUUUGAGGAUGACAAAAGGGUUCUCCAGGUUGAAAACAAAGCCUAUCUGCAAUCAUCCCUACUAACAGAUUCCUCGAACCGAGAUCACGACCCGCAUACGUUACCGGUGUUCGCAAGGAAAUUGCCCUCUUCUAUCACGGAUAGCGAGAAACCACCAGAGGAACUACCGCCUUCCGAGGGGCAGCUAGAAUCGAGUCAUGAAGCGAAGUUGGCGGGUGGUGACACAACGAAAAGUGUAGGAGACUCUGAUACCUUUGAGAUGGAACUCCCGCAGCAGCCCUCUGGGCUGCCAAAACAUUUCAAAAGCAACGCUUCCCGGUUCAGUUUCGACAUGAAUGGCGUCGGCUCCUCAACACAGGAGAAACUUUUAGAGGAGAAGCAUAAAGAAAAGGAAGCCGCGCGCAAAGCCGAAGCGCGCCUGAAUGGUGAAUAUAGUGACCUUGAGGAUGAUUAUGAUAAUGACAUGUUCGAUGACAUUGAUGGCCUGGAGGAAGAGAUUCCUGGAGUCAAUGUGGAUGCCGAUGAAGGUGACGAAUUUAAGAACUUUUCGGGCCCGGGCAAUAUAUUGAAUAAGUCGUGGCUCGCCCCUAAUUUGUCCCCAGUCGUCGCUAGCCCUGUCCAGCCGAACACAUCAACUAUUGAAGGUAAUCAGCCUGCCGCCCCCAAGCAGGAAGAAUCCAACCCUGAUUCUACAGGGCCUCUUUCACCAGAUGCAUCUGUGGCGGUCGAUAAUUCUACAGACUCUUCCAAGACCUUCCUGCGAGAUUCCAAGAACCUCUCAAAUAUUCCAUUACAAACAAUUCCGGAUGAGGAUGAUCUCUACUAUGACGAUGGGGAAUUUGGUGAACUAGACACCAAAGCUACAGAGGAGCAUUUCGAUGAGUCCAUUUUCGACGACCCAACAAGCCAUCUUUAUGGGCGGAAACAGCCCACGGCCUCGGUUCAACCUCAAGAAAAGCCCGGAAUUGCGGGUUCUGUUCCGUUGCAAACGAUCCUGGAUGAAGAUGAUUUGUACUUUGAUGACGGGGAAUUCGGUGAGCUGGACACCAAAGACGCUGGGGAGCAGUUCGACGAGUCUAUCUUUGAUGACCCGACAAGCCACCUGUAUGAGCGCAAGCAAUCUACAGCUCCAGAUCAGCUUCGAAGUGAAGUAUCUGGCAUAGAGGCAGGCUCAAAUGGUGGCCUGGGACAUGUCCCAAGCUCAGCUAGUGAUCAUCACCAAGGAUUUGCACCAAGAAGAUACGGCAGCGUUGUCGGGAACAUGCCUAAUCCUGGGCUUGUUAAUUCUCACAGCGGAAUACUGUCGGAGCACAAUUUGGAAGCUUUCCAUAACGCUCUGGCAGACGCAGCAAACCAGUGUGCUGCAAAUGACCGUCUCGGACAUACCACAAGCGUCAGCGAACGGUCCAUGGCCCAAGAGAGUGCUCACACUGCGGACUCACAACCAGGGCUUGUAUCAGACGAAAGCCGCAUUAGCCAAGCAAUGGAAGCAGUAGGGUUUGAAGAGGUAUUGGACGAUUUUGACUACGAUGAUAAUGAUGACUUACUCUACGAUGAUCCGAUAAUCGCUGCUGCCAACGCCGAAGCCCUGGAAAAUGAUGAUGAGGGGUUCUACGGACAUGAGUUUGGUUUUUACGCGCAGGCAUACGGCGCUAACUCUGAGCUCACCAAUGGAGGCUAUUUUGGGCCUCGAGGCGCUGAAGGCAUCUCUCGCUCCCACAGUGGCCGUGGGAAGUUUCGGGAACCUAGUUUGACACCCAUCACGGAGCGUAGCGAAUGGAGCACACGCAAUUCAAUUAUUUCAGUCACUGCUCAUGGAGUCGCCCAUUCCAACCAAUCCGUGUCAAGUCCCGGCCUUGCCCAGCUCGUUGACCUUAAUACCAUCGAUGACGAGAUGUCGUUGAGCGCACUCAUGAAGCUUCGACGUGACGCCUGGGGUGGGAGCAAUGGCAGUCUCCGCAGCAGCAGUGGCAGCCCUCCUCCCCAGCAAUAUCCAGCGUCAAACAGAGGCAGUUUUACUUUGUCUGACGUGAGCCCAUCCGUUCACACCGUCCCCCCAGACUUUCUAGGAGUACCGCUCGCGAUGGAUUCUCCGAUUCGAGAAUCCGAUAAAGGUGCAUGGGCAUCCUUCUCCCAGCACGCACCGAACGGACUAUUACCGGGGACGGAGACUCACAGAACUAGUCUCUGAUCCUCGUAUAAUGAUUAACAUCUUGCCAUAUAUAUCCACAUUGUUCGGCAUACUUUUAAUUUUGACAAUUAGCGCUUUGUAUUAUGACGCAAUGACUUGAGAUUUGGGCUGAUAGGGAUCUGUUGACGUUCUGGAUUGUACAGUCUACAUUACUAUUUGCAAUAUAGCUGCAUAAUGUUUG